AUGUCGACUCCACCUUUGGAAAGUUCUGAUGAGUUCGCACUAAAAGAAGAUCGUUCAGAUAAUCAGUGUCAUUAUCUACAGAUUGCGCAGCGUAUCCAUUCGUGUAGUGCGAAUGAUAGAGUUUUCGUUGACUCGCGCAGCUGCACCGAGUUUGCUAAUCAGCAGGUGAUUUACACAAACGCACAAAAUUUACAGGUGCAGCCUGUAUUCCGCGAUGACCGUUCCAGGGACUUUGGUGAAAAGGACUGCAGUAGUAUUAUAAUCUCGGUAGGAGGAACAUUGUCUCGCCCUCUUAGGAAAAAGUCACUCCUUAUUAGAGAUCAUGGGGACUUUAAGUCGACUAUUAAAGAACGCAUUUCAACCAUGUAUUUAAAUGAGUGGCUCGCUGAUGUUUAUUUCCUUGUUGGCACAGAGCCUAACCAAGAACGGAUUCCUGCACAUUCCUUCAUUCUUUCUGUCGCCUCUGCUCCCUUUGCUGCUAUGUUUCACAGUGGCUUUGAACAUAGAUCUGAAAUCUCAGUUCCAGAUGUAGAACCUGGAGCUUUUAAAACAUUGCUUAGAUAUUUAUAUACGGAUGAAAUCAAUCUACAGCCUGAUAACGUUAUUAGUACUCUUUAUGUUGCGAAAAAGUAUUUGAUAACAUAUCUUUAUAAUGCUGCAAUUGAAUUUAUGGACGCAAAUCUGAAUGCCGGCAGUGUCUGUUCGUUACUAAUGCAAAGACGUCUUUUUGAGGAGGAUGAACUGAUGACAAGGUGUUGGAAGGUAGUAGAUGCAAAUGCAGAAAAAGUGCUAACAUCAGAUGGUUUUACUGAGAUAGAUCACUCUCUCUUGCUACAAAUACUUUCUCGAGAAACACUGAUAGUUACUGAAAGGAGUGUUUAUGAGGCAGCAAUGAAAUGGGCCAAGGCGGAAUGUAAACGAAGAGGUUUAAACCCGACAGCAAGUGAUUUUCGUAAUGUCCUUGGUAGUGCAAUGUUUUCUAUCCGCUUUCCAGCUAUGACUAUAUCUGACUUCGCAAAUGAAUCUGAAAAGUCCAAUUUACUUUCUUGCCAGGAAAUAAACGACAUAUUCCACUUCUUUUUGGCUCGAAAUAAACCAAGUUUACCCUUCUUUUCUUCACCAAGGAAGGGAUUAUCGCUUCUAGUUUGCAGUCGUUUUCAAGGAACUCUGCACGGAAGCAACCAGUGGCGCUACUUCGGGCGUUGUGAUAGCAUUCAGUUUCUUGUAGAUCGUCGAAUUUUUGUAGCUGGCUACGGGUUGUACGGCAGUAGCUCAGGUCCUUCUGAAUACAAAGUCAAAAUGGAAAUUAAGAAAAGGAAGGAGGUUUUAGGAAGUAUCGAAACUUCAUUUAGUUCUUCUGGCCAACCUUGCACUUUUCCAGUACGCUUCAACACUCCAGUUCAGGUUGAAGCCUAUGUCGUUUACACUGCUUCCGUCGUUGUAGAAGGAAAAGAUUUAAGCCAUUUUGGCCAUGACGGUCUUCCUGAGGUCUGUGUUCAAGCAGAAGAUAGCAAAGAUUCUGCUGAAGAAACUGUUAACUUUUAUUUCACCGCUUCUGAGGACAGCAAAAAUGGGACAGGCGUCCAGGGUGGUCAAAUCCCGGAAAUCAUGUUUUAUAUGUGA